CUUGCUCGCUGCGUCUUCUGCAAUCCGCCAUCUACGCCCGCCGUACCGCGAACGCUCCCCCCCCCACGGCUGUAUUCCUUUUAGCGCUCGACGUCGCCCUCGCCCCUCGUUCAGCGAAUCGACUUGCACCACCUCCACCAGGGGCCACACGGCUUCCUUCGCACCGCGUCCACGGCACCGUCUGCUCGUCCUGCACCCGCCGAGUCUCGCUUUCACCUUGACCCUCACCGGGCUCGCCUGUCCUCCCCGCGGCGCCAGCGCUGCCCCGGCCCUCGAGCACCCUCGCGCCGCGACUUCCUUUGACCGCGACGUUAUAUGAACGACCCCCGCCACGCCAGCGUCCAGUGCACAUAUCUAUACCGACCGCAUCUCACCCACAUUCAUUCCGCACACGCCCGGACCGGCGCCGACGGCAUUGCGCCUGGACAGGAUCCCGCGGGACUGUCAGUCAAGAGUAGGUACCACGGCACGCUGAGUGCUGUUCCCCCUGCCCUGUUGCCCCCCCACACACAGCUGCUCUCGCAGCCCCAACACCCGCACCCCAGGCCUCUGCAUCCAGCGCGCCCGAACCCGACCGUAAAGGUGUCGGGUCCACCCUCGGCGGCCGUGCAGGCCCACGACUCACAGCGGGAUCCAGCUCGUGCACAAAACAGGGAACCGGCGCAGGCUUGCGAGAACCUCCAUGGGAGAAAAGCCGGACCACAAAGCGUUCGCAGCAGCGCAUUGCCGAUGACGUCCAACGGCGCACACAGCAUGGGUGGCAAACGCGACGACGCCCAGCCGUUUGCCAGGGCCCAGCGUCCUUCGAUCGUGUCUCACCACUCGAACUCAGUGCCCUCCACGCCACUCCAGAAUGCUCGCCAGUACGAGUCGCGCUCGCGCUCGCCGUCCCCGAGCGGCGGUCUAGGCAGCCAUUCGCCGCGAUCGGUUUCUUCCGAGGCAAAUCCAGCUACCCUGCCUGCACGUAUUGGACGUACGCUGCGCUGCAAGUAUGAGACGAGCACUCAGUUUGGCCGGAGGCGCAUGCCCUACGAUUCGUCCGACGUAUUAGACAAGGCCAAGGAGGAGCCGAAGAAGACAUUGAAUCCGCACGAGGACGACAAGUUGAGCGGCGACAUGCGCGAAUUGUACGACCGGUUACAGCCGACUCCAGAGAACACCAAGAGGAGGCAUGAGUUUGUGAAAAAGCUCCAGACCAUCCUCGAAACCGAGUUCCCGGGCCAUGAACACAAGGUGCACGUGUUCGGCUCCUCAGGGAACCAGCUGUAUACCGCCGAAAGCGAUGUCGACGUCUGCAUCCAGACCCCGUUGACGAGGCUAGAGGACAUGCACCCACUAGCCGAAGCCCUCGCGAAGAAUGGCAUGGAGAAGGUCGUGUGCAUACCGCAGGCCAAGGUACGGAUUGUCAAGAUCUGGGAUCCCGUUCUGAAGCUGGCGUGCGACAUGAAUGUAAACAACACACCUGCGUUGGAAAACACGCGGAUGAUCAACACCUACAUUCAGAUAGAUGAGCGUGUCCGGCCCCUGGCGAUGAUUAUCAAGCACUGGACUAAGGAGCGCAUCCUGAACGACGCUGCACUCGGGGGCACCAUUAGCUCCUACACCUGGAUGUGCAUGAUUUUGAAUUUCCUCCAGACGCGCAACCCGCCAAUUCUGCCCGCACUUCACACGCUUCCGUAUCGCGCAAAAGACAAGACGGGCAAGCCCUCGCAAUCCGAAUUUGCCGACGAUUUGGAUGCAUUGAUUGGGUUCGGCAGCAAGAACACCGAAUCGCUGGGUCAGCUGCUCUUCCAUUUCUUCCGCCACUAUGGACAUGAAGUCGAUUAUGAAAAACACGUCGUGUCUGUACGAGAGGGCCGUCUACUCACUCGUGAAGAAAAGAAUUGGCACAGGGCUGGUCUCCAGAAGGAGGCUAGGAACCGCCUUUGCGUUGAGGAACCUUUCAACACCGAUCGUAAUCUGGGAAACUCGGCAGAUGAAUUUGCCUGGCGUGGAAUCCACCUGGAGCUUCGACGAGCGUUCGACUUUCUUGGCAAUGGCCAGCAAUUGGGAGCGGCGUGUGAGCAAUUCGAAUUUCCGCCCGCACCAGCUCCCGAGGAACGGCCGCGUCCCCCAAAGUCAACGGCUGCGAAAGUCACUUUAGCUCCAAGCGUACCCAACAACCGCAACGGUCGUAAUCAGGGCAAUCACCGUGGUGGACGCGGCGGCAUGAACAACAAAGGAGGCUCAUAUGGACGACGGGCAUCUAGUGGGGCCUCGUUUAACCGUCCGCCAUUCCUCCACAGUCCCCCCAUUGGUGCGAUGGCAGGUCAACAGGAGUACGGGUUUCCGCAAGGGCUCAAUGAUCGGUUGGCCGACCAUCUUUAUCAGCAAUAUCAAAUGCUAGAGAUGCAGUCCAAUUCCCUGAGGCAGCAACUUGUCGCGCAGCAACGUGCCCAACAGGCACAUCAACAGGCUGCGCAUAUGCAUGCCCAGGCCGUAGCUCAAGCACAAGCACAGGCUCAAGCUCAACACAACCGUGGACCUAGCAGCUCAAAUGCAUCUCCGCAGAAGUCGCCCUAUGUGAACGGCCGUUCCAGCCCCCGACUGGCCGAAGCUGGUAUCCCAACAAACACUAUGCCACAGGGCUUCCUUUAUCACUAUCCGGCAUUCUUCGAUCCUUCGCAGCAAGGAUCAGCUGUCGCGGAUGGUCCCCGGACGAAUCCAUCGUCGCCUUCACUGCCCCACAGCAUGCCAGGGCCACGGCGACAAGCCCAUAGAUCGUCCAAUGCGAGCGAAACAGGUUCCCUGCGUUCGCAGUCCCAGCCGGCGCGUGGGAUGCCACAAAAUGCAGUCAUGGCCGGCUAUCCGCCGAUGCCGUACUUCGACCCUUCUCUAGUCGCCGGGUAUCCUAUAGCUCGCUCCACCCCGGAGGCGCCUGCUUCACAAGUGACAUCAGACACACCUUUUAGUCCUGUUGUCGGUUACAAUGAUGCUGUACCGUCUGAGACCAGCAUUCCUAGGGAGUACGUUGGAUACUACGUUGACGAACAGGCCACGCCGCGCUCCUUGCAGGAAUACACGGUGCCUCAGAUCCCGUCUUUCAACGAGCUCGUGCAGCGACGUAGACGAGUUUCUUCGGAGAUCACACAGCCGCUGCUCAACACCGCUCUGAGGCGAGUGUCGCGCUCACCGUCCCCUCUUGGUGGCCAUGUACGCAGCUACUCAACGAAUGUGGCUCAGCCGCAUGGCCAGUCCGUUGACUCCCGGAAUGGUCGUACAGACUCAGUGCGCCCACCCGGCGAUAGUGGCCCUGUUAUCGUUAACGGGUCCUUCCCGCAACAGCCUCUGGAGACACGUUCUAGGAGCGACACGAUUGACUCGUUCCAGUCAAUCGAUACAACCAGUUCGGCAAACCUUGGUGUCUUCAACGACCAAGAUCAGUAUCGGAAUGCCACCCAUGAACAGCGGCAAGCAUUGGUUAUGGAGGAGAUGCAGAGACAGCGCGGUGACAACGGCCAUGGUGCUGCUUACGCCAAUGGAUCGAUGAAUGGUGUAUCGCCCGUUGAUGUGAAUGGGCUGACCCGAGUACCGAGCGGCAACCAGCAGUACUAUUCCAUGCUCCCGGAAGCCUGGAUGAACUACGAACUCAGCAACAAUCGGCGGGUGAACCAGACCGAAGAUAUAUCACCGACUAAGACGCAACCUUCGGCGGCGUCUCAAUGGCGGAACCCGCCUUACAACAACGCCCUCGCGACCCUGGAUACCCUAAACGCGCCACGGGCACCGCCCCAGGAGAUCAAAUCCGCUACGUUACCCCUGCUCUCACCUGUUUUUGAGACCCGAACGCCUUCUCCCACUGUCAAUCGUCAGGCAGAAGGUAGUAAAUUGGUGAACGGUGCGAAGACGCAGUCCAAAGAGAAUCACCAUCAGCCGCGUCGUGCUUCACAUUCUGUCGCGCAGACCCAAAGCCAAAAGGAGAACACCAAGCAACAGCAGGCCAAAAACGGCCCGCAGCCGAACGACAAGAACAAAUCGAACGCAAGCAACAAUAAUAACAAUUCAAAUAACUGGCACCAGCAGGGAUCAGGGCGCAAUAAGAAGCGCAAGAACAAAGGAGGGAAUAAAUCAAACGAUACGAAGACAUCAGGCGAGCCGCUGCCAGCGAAUGCAGCUGACCGCAAAGGGGGCUAAAUUAAAAUACCGUCGCCGUCCCCUGGAUCUACUGGCUUUUAUUUGAUAUGAUAUUUCCUUGCCAUGGGCCACGGUCUGGAUACUUAUAUGAACUCGGCCGUCGUUCCGACUAUUCGUGCUCGCUUACUCCAUCAAACUCGAUGUUCUUCCCAAGGGCGUGAGCGUGCUAUCCGCAAUGGGUACUCCGGGCGACCAUUCGAACAACCCGAUCGUCACCUCGAAUUUCCAAUCGCCGUUCUUGCCGUACCCGGCAAUUUGAGGGGGCUUAAAUACGUAUAUCGUUCUCCGCGUUCGAUUUACUUCGAAUCAACAGCGAGUGCUUCAAAAUUGAAAAAAGAUAUUAGCACCAAAAGCUCCAGCACGAAACAUCGACAAAAUGGAAGAAGUGUUACAUGCCGCCUUCUGUGGCAGCCCCUUGAGAUU